UCUGUGAUGUUUACAAACUUGAUAAAAAAAAAAUAUAUUAUAUAUAAAGGAUGAGUUUCAGUGAAAUAUAUCACACAAAUUCUCAGACAUAUUUUCGCGAGAUGUGUGCUGGCGCACUGAAGCGGAUUUCAGGACGAUGCAUUACCUUAGAUUCCUAGUAUUUAUAUUGUUUGUCGUCUGCUCGCUAAAUGAAGGCGUUGCUGGAAAACGUAUCCGUUGUCAACAUCACUGCAAGAUGAAGUACAAGGAUUGUAAAAAACAUUGCAAGAAGAACUCGAAUAUUGAAAACGUAACAAAAGUGCCGCGAAUAUCUACACCAUCGACAAUAACCACGCCCCGUACUGAUGAAAGUGAUGGAAACAUUUUAAGUGGUUCUCUUCUGGAGCAGGUUUUUGAGCAGGUUCUCAAAAACACCGAACCCGAUCACGAGUCGGUCGAAGUGAUCUCAGGAGUUGAGAGUGUUGUAGAAACAAACUUGACAGAUGUUACGAAUGUCAAUUCUACGGGUGAUACAGAAUUGAAUACGACUGUGUGUGAUAUUGAAGCUCGAGACAGAGAAAUGUUCUUACAGACAUUCAAACGGCACGUAUUGAUGAAAAUUGGUAUUGCCGAAGAAGAUCUUUCUAACGAGGUCGAACCCUUUCCAAUAUUACCCCCUAUACACGACUGGAGAGAAAUGUUGAAAGAUGAACCAGCGGUGAACAAAAGAAACAGUUUUAAUGCUGUCGAUAGUAGAUAUAUUACAUAUGCAACGGACAUGUCGGAUGAUUGUGACAAUAAAUUUAUAUAUGGGUGUAUGAGAUUUGACGACGUGAAACAAAUUCAGAGUAAUCGGAUCUUGUCGGCAGAGUUGGCCAUUUAUCUUAACGUGAACACCACAAACCAAACACUUAUUCUUUAUCUUUUAAACCAGAGAGGAACUUUCAAGGACGCCAAUUAUCUUAUGAAAAAAGACAUUAAAGACAACACUUCUCGGUGGGUUGUGUUCGAUGUGAGGAAGACAAUUACCACGUUACAGGGGAAGCCGGGUGCACUUCGGGCGUUUGGAAUAAACUGCAAGACUUGUAGCAGUGCCAACAGACGUACGUGUAAACAAUGCAGGGGUCCUUACAAUGAUGUUUUGGGAUUCCAAACGGACCACAAACCGAACUUAGUGAUAAAUAUGGAUUCUAAAUUAUCUCCUUCGAACACGAGAGAUACGGAUUGUCGUGUCGGACAAGUGACAUGUUGCAAAAAAUCUUUUCACGCCGAAUCAAGAGAAUUUUUUGAAAAUAUUGUUAUGCCUAGAAGUUUUCUCAUGACGUACUGUACUGGAUCGUGUAAUGACCCGACGAUCACACCGUAUAACAACCAUACCAUUAUGAUCCAGAAUUAUCGUUGGAAUCCACAAUUGAAUGUGAAUGUAACUCUGAAGAAAAUUUUAAAACCUUGUUGCUCUCCCAUAGCGUUCGCGGACAAGUCCGUUCUGCUUCUCAACCAUGGAGUUCUAACAAAAUACGAUAUCCCUAAUUUACAUGUGACGGAUUGUGGGUGUAUCUAAAACAAAUUAAACAUUAAAGUGAUGCGAAUAACUUUUAAAAAUUAAACAGGUAACUCAGUAAGAAGACUAAGCGACCUUGGGCACCAAAAAGUCAAGUUUGUUUCCAUGGAAACACAAACAUCAAAUCUGUAAUAGAUUAUUUUGUGUUUAAAAUAUCAUAAACGAAGAUAUUUUAUGGGGAAAAAACGGGACUGAUGGGCCCCAUUUCAAUAUCCCUCCCUUAACUUCGUUCUGCUCGGGGGAUAUUAAUAACAAUGCAUCCAUUGUGAUGCACUUCGACACUGAUACAUUUUGUGUAAGACAUACUGUCAACUUCAAACAACGCAGCAAAAUUCGAAACUGUAACUAUUUUUGUUCGUUCACGCGGCUGAACUGCAGUCAGCGCGAAAAUGACAAAACUUUAAAAUACACCAAAACACUCAUAUUCCUGAAUCAAUGGCCCGAGAAAUCCCUCUCUGACCAUUGCUGGAUUAGCUUCUGAUACUUGCGCUUUUGAGGGAGUGUGUCUAUUCUUCCCGUUCAAUCAAAUCUAUCCCCAAACACAGCAACAUGACAGCCCUUCUUUUAAUCAGGGGCCUUCCCUAAAACUUUGGAUAGUGAUUUAAGGUAUUAAAAACGGUGAAAGUGAUGCUCGUCUCAAAACAAUAUUGUUUACAUUAUAUCCAUGUUGACAGUUGAUAGCCUUGUUUGUCACACAAUUAGUUUUUCUACAAUAUUCUGCUAUGCACAGGUUAAUUGGGCAUAUAAAAUCGUGAGUUAUGACGUAACGUUAUAUAAACAUUUUUGGUCCAAUUUUGAGCUCUGUUUGGUAUUGUUACGCAGUUAGAAAUUAGUUGUUAAUCGGACUAUUGAUCAGUCAUAAUUUAGAACAAGAAUUUGCUUUCUUUACAGCAGUGAGUAGUGGGAUUGGCUCUAAUCAAACGAAACACUGCGAGGAGUAUGCAAAACACCAGGAACAAGCAACCAGCUAAAUCAGAGAGAGACAGUGGACUGCAGCUAUAAUUGUGCUUGUGACCAGCUGGAACCCUGGCGACGAUUUUGAAAUGUUACGACUGUGUAUUAAAUACCGGAUGCGUGUCUUGGUUCAUGGCGAUGUUCUCAUACUUAAUAUAAAACCACAAUACCCAGUGAACAGUAUCACCCAUUGCGCAUGGGUACAGACAAAGUACGUAAUAAAUAAUAAGAAUGAAAAUCAAAGUGGAUUACCUAAAUUGUGAGAAAUUGUUCAAAUAAUAUUGCCACGUUACUCAAGUGGUACCAGCUUACCGGAAAAUAUAAACUUAGCAUACGGUGUUCCACGCGGGGGUUUCCGCCACUCAAAAUUACCAGACUCCCACAAUCUGUAGUCAAUCUAACCAGAUUUCAGAACCCGAUGCUACGUGGAAUCUAGCUUCUCUGGUAUCGCUAACGGCGGUAGUCUUAUGGGGCCUACGUGGAAUCUAAAUUCUCUGGUAUCGCUAGCGGCGGUAGUCUUAUCGGGCCUACGUGGAAUCUAAAUACUCUGGUUUCGCUGGCGGGAAGUCUCGUAGAGGGCCCCUGUGUUAAAAGUCGUCACGGCGUAGUUAAUUGGAUUCUAAUUGUCCAUUAUCAAACGCUAUGUUUUUUAUUAAAUAAAGGCAAGAACUUACCAUUAAACCACUCCUCGGCCUAAAGCCGUAAAUGGAAAGAUUGCAAAAUCAUAUUCUACAAAAAAAAACAAAAACAAAAACAAAAACAGGAAGAAGCUUCGGCUCUCCUAGCUCAUGUCUCCGAUAUUACUUUUGUGGAAGGUAACGAAUUGAGGUAGUAGUAGUUAAUAGCUGACGUAUCUAUACUUUUUAUAUAAGAAAGAGCGAGAUUUUAUUAAAUUUCCCUUAAGACACCAUUAAGGCAUCGUUUAGAGUUCGUAGGAAUGAGACAUCAUACGUGUUCCUAGAGGGUCCCUCGGCUCGAGGUCGGGAUAGAGACAUCAUUCAGACAACAAAGAGAAAACAUCAUAGGUGGUCCUUGAGGGAUGUUUAGCCGCCUCGGCUUAGAGGCCAGGAGAGUGUCACACGUGUCACCUUUCAAAACAGAACUCCCCUUAGAAGUCUUAUAGUCUAACUAUCCGUAUUACCAGAUAAGUUAUAAACCACAAAUAGCUACGUAGUGGUACUUCCAAAUAUAGGAGUCUUUUAAGCAAUGCUGCUUAAUUAACGCCAUUAUCUAGUAUGUAUUUAAAUACAAUACAAUAUACAAAUACUUUCGGAAUGACAUUUCAAAAUUGCUAAAAACCUCUAGUGUGUCCUUUAAAUAUCUCAAGUCCUACGUCUAAAAUAUCAUUACACUAAUAUACAUUGUCAAACAAUGGCAGAUGUUAUGGAUACGUUAUCGUGCCAUCUUGACACAUGAAAGCGAAACUGGUUAAAAUAUCCUUGCGUCGGCUAUUGACACCCAUGGUUGUCCAGAUGGCACUCAUUAGUCAUUACCAUAAUAUAAACUUAUAGCUGACCCGAAAUAUGUAAUGUCCUUUGUCUUGUAAAGCAAUCGAUACUGAACGAUUAAUCUGGUAUGAUGCAAUAUAGCCAGCUGCCUAAUCUCUUUGGUCAUUCUUUGUCUAGAAAGGGAUUAUAAGCAGAUAUCUGAAGUGAUAGAAGGUUAGUUAAGACCGGAGAGCGGUCAUGUAAGUUAGUUGGGGAUUGGCACCCGAGGACCAUGGCUCCCUCAACACAAGCUAAUUACGGGGUCUUUAACUAUAAGAAGUUUUGUACUUGAUGUUUGAAAAACAAUAAAAGUAUCAUAUGAAGUUAAA